AGUGCUCGAUAAAUUAUUUUAGUUUUUGAACAAAGAAUUGACCGGUAAGUGGACGGUCCGGUAAAUGGUUCUAGUUACACAAAGGGAAAGCACACAUUUUUUACUGCGGUAGAAUUAAUUUGAUAUCGGCAUUCGAACAAUGGAAUGUAGAUACUGUAAUCAUAAUGUUUGAAUUUUUACUUUUAAUUAAAAAUUGUUAGCGUAGCUUGUUGAACUAUUUGAUCUGACCUUUUUUUUCUAUCGCAAACAAACUUUAAAUAUCCAUUUAUUCGAUGCCACUUCGUCACUAAAUUUUCACUCUGUUGACCUUCGUCAGAGAAAGACGUCCGUUGAUCAUCGAAUCAACUAACCGUGCAAGAAAAAGUCACCAAAGCACAGUUGCGAUUGUUGGGUAAUUUGAACAAUAUAAAAACCGCCGAAAACACCUGCUAAGUCAUCAGUCGCUUGCGAUCAUCUCACCGGCUUAGUUCAGUCCAAAAAAUCACUCGAGCUUACAGAGACAUGAAGGCAUUCGUAGUGUUGUCCAUGGCCCUGGCCAUCGCUUCCAGCGCGGCAGUCGACUCCUCCAAGAAGGACAAACGUGGCCUGUGGGAGUUGGACGAUCAUCACGACUUCGGUUUCAACGAUCAUCACCACGGAGAAGUGGUCGACGUGCACCACAAGGAGAUCAUCACCAAAAACGUCCACGUGCCGUACCCGGUGGAGGUCGAGAAGCACGUGCCAUAUCCGGUGAACGUCCCCUACCCGGUUGAGGUCGUCAAGAAGGUCCCCGUGGUGGUGGAGAAGAAAGUUCCGGUCUACGUCGAGAAGAAGGUGCCGGUUCACGUUGAUCGUCCAGUUCCGUACCCAGUUGAGGUGAAGGUCCCCGUUGUCCAGAAGGAGUACGUCGAAGUGCCCAAGCCGUACGCAGUUCAUGUCGAGAAGCCCGUCCCGGUGUACGUCAAGAAGCCGGUUUACAUCGAGAAGCACGUUCCGGUGACCGUCCACAUCAAGGAGGUCCACCAGAAGAAGCACUGGGGACUGUUCUAAGGCGAGACUGACUGAUCUGAUUAGAGUAAUAAAAUGUUAAGUUUGAAACCAACUCACGAUGAUCUGCAUUCUAAUGUGAAAGUGUGUCUCGCUU